AUGGAUAGUGACGAUCAUCAUCACCACCAUCAUCAUCUUCAUAUUCAUAAACCGAAAGUGUUAGAAAAAUUAUCAAAUAAAAUUUCAUCACUCAAAGAAGAUAUCACUGAAGCUGUUAGAGAUCGAACUCAUUCAACAACAUCGGAUCAUCGAAGUUCAAUUUCUACCGAUAAUAUAUCAAUACUUGCUAAUAAUGCUUCACUCACUUUACCAGAUGAUAUUCCAUCUGUAAAUCUUGAAAAUAGACAAACGUUCAAAGGUUAUGGAGAUACUGACUCAAUAGCAUCUUCACAAUCAAUAACAUCAUAUGCAUCUUCAGCUGGUGUACCGCAUUCAGGUCCACCACGUCAUACAAUUGAUCAAUUAGCAUUAAAUAUGGGUUUUGGUGGUAUUAGACCAGUUGUUGCUAAUCCAUCAAUUUUAUCGACGAGCACUACUCAUGCAAGUUCAGCAUCUUUAGUUAAUUCAGCAAAUCCUGUUUUUCAACCAACAUUAACACCAACAAGUUUAAAAACAUUUGAUUUAUCAGAUAAUAUAUCAUUAAAUAAAGAAACGUUUAAUGAAACAGAAGAUAAUGUAAAAGAACGUAAUAUAACAAAAAUUGAUCCUGUUGAAAUGGUUGCAGAACCUACUGUUGUUACUGUGUCAAAAGAUCCCGUACGACGUGCUGCUACAUUAUUAGCUGGACCAAAAUUUCAAGUAAAUUGUAGUGAAGAUAUAAAGAAAAAAGUUAUUAUCGAUAAUAAUACGAUUUAUACAGUUGCAAUUAUUGUUGGAAUAAUUUCACUAAUUUUUUCACUAUGGAAACCGAUUUCAUCGUAUUUUUCUGGUUUAAUGGUUGGUAUUUUGUUUGCUGGUGCAAUAGUUUAUAUUCUUUUUCGGCUAUAUGUUAAUGCAAAAACAGAAGAAAAGGGUAUUGAAGAAUGGGUUGAUUUUCCUACUCUUGAAGCUAUGCUUACAAAAUGUGACAAAGAAGAUAAAAAUACAAAUAUUCAAGUGACAGGUGCAUCGAUUGCAUUUCAAAGUUAUGAUGCUGAUCGUGAUGAAGAUUUUGUCCGUUAUCCAUGUGACAUUCGUCUUGAUGGAUAUCGCCUUAUAAUUCAACUUGCAAGUAAACAAUGGAGUGAAGAUAAAAAAUCCGAUAAAGAAGUUAAAUUUAUUGGUUAUCGAGAAUAUUUAAUUAAAGAAGCUGGAAUGAUACUUGUUCCUGAAGCAACAUUAACACGUGCUAAAUAUUGGAUGAAUGAUUAUCCUAUUGUUAUACAAGAUUUACAAAUACUUGAUAAACAAAUCAAUAGUAAACAACAAUUAGAAAAAUCUAAACUUGAUACAAAUGAUUUCUUUACAAAUACUGCAACAACUCUUUCCAUUUGGUUUGAAACUUGUCCACAAAAAGAAGAAUGGUUUCAUAAAUUAUCUUUAGUUUUACGCAAAGGAAAAGAAGAAAUUGAACGAACAAAUAAUCUUACGACAGGAAAAAAUAACUCAGGUGAUACGACACCAUCAUUACAUCGUCGUUUACCUCAAACUGAUGCUGAUAUUGAACUUGUACCAAAUGUUAUUACGGAAUCUGAUAUUAAUGCUGCAAUUGUUGAAACAGACGCAAAUGCUGAAGAAUUCCAAGAAAAAGCUCAAUUUGAAAAAACUGGUCCUCAUAUUAAUGAAACUAUAGAUUCAUUACGGGUACGUAUAACUGCACCUCUUGAUUUCACUGUUGAAGAAGUUGAUCCUGAUGAUAUAGAAAAAGAUAUAACUGGUACUAAACGAACCAUAGUAAGAAAAUCAAGAAAAACAACACCAAGUGAAGCUAGUUUACAACACGUUCUUCAAUCACCUGAAUGUUUGGAUGAAACAGCUAUAACAAUUAAUUUUCUUGCACGUCGAUUAUUAUGUGAUAUGUUUGAAAUUCCAGUAUUUAAAGAUUUAAUUAAAGAUAAAGUUGAAAUGAAAUUAAAAGAAGUUGCUGUUAAAAUUUUUAAAGAUCUUCGUGUUACAUCAAUUGAUAUAGGAAAUACAUUUCCAAUUAUAUUAAAAGUUGAACCGAUGCAAUGGAAUACUCAAGGAAUUUGGUUUAAUUUAUUUCUUCAUUAUCGUGGAAAUUUUAAAUUAUCGGUAAGAUCACGUGUAUUACUUCAAAAAUUAAUUAAUUAUGAUCCAAAAAAACAUAAACCAAUGUUUGCUCAGCAUCAUUCAGCACAACUUGUACAUAAAGAUGAAGAACGUAUCGAUGAAGAUGAUUUAGUUCAAAGACAAAAACUUUUAGCUAAAGAACCUGAAAUUCCUGAAAUGGCUGUUACACGGAAACUUGGUCUUGCAUUAACCAGUUUAGCAUUAAAUCCAUAUUUUCAGAUGUUUGCGAAUAUACCAUUUGUUAAAAAAUUAUUUGAGAAAUUUUCUGAAAAAGAAAUUGGUGCUGAUAUUGAAGUAACUGGAUUUAGUGGAACUCUUACAUUGAAUAUUCCUCCACCACCAAGUGAUCGAAUUUGGGUUGGCUUUCCAGAAAUGCCUGAUCUUACUAUUAAAGUCGUACCUGUUUAUGGUGAAAAACAGUAUGAAUAUACAUUACUCGAAGAUUUCUUAUCAGCUAGAAUUCGAGAUGAAAUUAAGCGACUUGUUGUCUUACCUGCUAUGGAUGAUCAACUUCUUCCAUUCUUUCGUGAUUGGGCUAUUGAUAUUAUUGGCGAAAUUGUAUCUAAACCUAUAAAUCCUCUCACAGAUAAUUAUAAAGCUAAAUUGAAUGCUCUAGCUUCUGUUCGUGCAGGAUUAGAUGAAUAUAAUAAUAUGAACGAUGUUCAUAAACAAACACCGCCACCAUCACCAACAGCACCAAUAGCACCAACAUUAUCAUCAUUGGCUCCACAUCAUGCUUAA